UUCCACAGCGAUUGUUAGCCACAGUCGGCUACCGCUGUUUUGUGUUGACCAAAAUUUGAUUUGCCUGUUCUUAAGUUAUAAUCAGAUAGUUUUCUGCUUUAUUGAAAUUCUUUCGAAUGAAUGAGACAGCGACAUAAAUAAGUUCAAUAUCGAAAGAAUUUACACCCUUUCAUCAUGGAUCAAAUGUUACCUAGUCCCGGUUUUAGCAUUCCUAGUAUAGGUACUCCUCUACAUCAACCGGAAGAAGAUCAACAAAUCCUUCCCAAUGCAUUACAACAAGCUUCUCAAGUUCAAAUUCCACCAUUAGCCCCAAUGGGCGGUUUAACGCCAACCCUCGGCUUAGGUAUGGGUUUGUCCGUCAUUCCUCAAACAACAAAAUACUUGCCGGGUUUUGCAACACCACAAAGUUUAAUGCAACCACAAACUCCUCAACAAACAAUGUCAUCGUCUAUGGUGAACGUUGGUGGUUCUAGUAACUCGGUACCGCCACCUAGUAUAGGCCCCGCAACACCCGCACCUAUGACACCUUUAACACCACAUUCGGCGGAUCCCGGUAUUGUACCUCAAUUACAAAAUAUCGUUUCGACAGUUAAUUUAAAUUGCAAGUUAGACUUAAAAAAGAUCGCUUUACAAGCCCGAAACGCUGAGUACAACCCAAAACGGUUUGCGGCAGUCAUUAUGCGAAUACGCGAGCCACGAACCACCGCUUUAAUUUUCUCUUCAGGUAAAAUGGUCUGCACCGGCGCCAAAAGCGAAGAAGAUUCGAGGUUAGCGGCAAGGAAAUACGCUAGAAUUAUACAAAAAUUAGGAUUUCCCGCCAAAUUUUUAGAUUUUAAAAUUCAAAAUAUGGUCGGAAGCUGCGAUGUCAAGUUCCCGAUCAGGUUGGAGGGUCUGGUUUUGACGCACGCGGCGUUUACCUCGUACGAGCCAGAGUUAUUCCCUGGACUGAUCUAUCGUAUGGUGAAGCCGAGAAUUGUUCUUUUGAUUUUUGUUUCCGGUAAAGUUGUGUUAACAGGCGCUAAAGUGCGCCAAGAAAUAUACGAGGCGUUUGAUAACAUUUAUCCUAUUUUAAAAAGUUUUAAGAAACAAUGAGAUGUAAUUACAUUCACUAUUUAUCAAUCA